AUGGCUCGAACCCGAUUAUCUAAUGGCAGAGCUACAACAGGUGUUUUUGAGGCGCCUAAUGUCACUUCGGCUAGGCAGCCAACUUCCUCAACUUGGGGAAGGGACAGAGCCCACAGAACUGGUCGAGGAGAGGUUCGUAAUGCUACCACAGGGAACCGCAACACCACUAUUAGGACUUCAAGAGAGGUCACUCCGAAAAGGAGCGCUAGUCCACCUCCGACAUCGCAGGAGAAUGCUACUGCUGGGGUACUUGCCUCCAUGCAGAAAGCCAUAGAGAGUUUGGUCAAUAGAAUGGAUAGACAGGAGAGGGAUGGUCAGCAUAGUGUUGCUGCUACUCAGACACAUGCACCACUUCAGACACCUGCACGGACUUAUACUUUUGGGAAUAAAGAGGUAUCCUUGCAGGAAUUCUUGAAAUUGAAAUCACCAAAAUUCAUAGGUUUUGAUAGUUCAGCGGAUCCUCAAAGCUUCUUGGAUGGGACAUUUAAGGCCCUCCGGGCUCUAGGAUGUUCUAGCGAGAGAUCGGUGGAGCUAGCAGCAUACAAACUAGAGGACAUGGCUAACACUUGGUAUGAAAUUGUAUUGCUAGGUCGACCUGCUGGGGCAGCACCACUGAAGUGGGAUGAAUUCACUAAGUUGUUCAUGGAUAAUUUCCUUCCUAACAGUCAGAGGCAGAAGUAUGCAACACAGUUUGAGAGGUUAGUACAUACUCCAGAUAUGGAUGUGGCAACUUAUAACGCCAAAUUUUGUAAGCUCGCUAGAUAUGCUCCUUUGUUGGUACCUACAGAAGCAGAUAGAGUUCAGAGGUUCGUGCAUGGGUUGGUUAGUCGUCUAUUCAAUGCCCUAGCCCCAAAUAUGAGUAUCAUGACCUAUUCAGAAGCAGUUGAUCUAGCUAGAAAGAUUGAAGAUAAGGGUCGAGAGGAGCGUGCAACCUAUGAUGUACGUAAGAAGGCCAAGAUAGGGGGAUCUUACAGCGGCGACUUGGGUGCAAAUCACAGAACAGAGAAUCAGGGAAGACAACAGCAGGGCUCUCAGACAGGGAUAGAUACAGUUUUAUCAGCACAGGGACAUCGUAAUUCUGGACAAAUGUAUGCCACUGCUCCCUCCUGCCAGACUUGUGGUAAAUCACAUGUAGGCCAGUGUCGUGUUGUCACUGGAGGGUGCUUUCGGUGUGGUCAGUUGGGGCAUCGCAUUAGAGAUUGCCCUCUACCUCCGAGAAACCCCACACAGACUUCUACUCAGAUAGCUGCACCUGCUCAGACCACUCAUAAUGGUUCAGGUAAUACAGGUACAGGAAAUAGAGGUAGAGGUGUUGGAGAUUAUUUCACUGGAAAUCAUGGACAAGGGAAUGCCGGUAGAAGUCAGUCAAGAGUUUUUGCACUUACUAAACAGGAUGUUCAGGCCUCAAAUGCGGUGGUUACAGGUAUUCUUUCAGUUUGUUCCUUUGAUGCACAUGUUUUGAUUGAUCCAGGAUCUACCCACUCCUAUGUGCCCUUAUACUUUGCUUUGAGAUUUGAUAGACAACCAGAGAUGUUGAAUCAUCAUUUUCUUGUUUCUACUCCUGUGGGGGAUUCCUUGUUAGUUAAAUAUGAGUAUCGUGAUUGUCAGAUAAGAGUUGAGGGUAGGGAUACUCUAGCUAACCUAAUUGUACUUGAUAUGAUUGAUUUUGAUGUGUUGAUGGGCAUUGAUUGGUUAUCUCCUUGCUAUGCUACUGUUGAUUGUCAUGCAAAGAUAGUCAAAUUUGAAAUACCUGAUGAGCCUACAUUUGUAUUAAAAGGGGGUCAAGUCCCCGAGGUUGGAAAAAUCAUAUCCCUUAUGAAGGCUCGAAGGUUACUACAGAAAGGUUGUAUGGGUCUCUUAGCUAUGGUAAGGGAUACAACAGAAGGAACACUUAGCUUGGAGAAGAUACCCGUGGUGAAUGAAUUUUCUGAUGUAUUUCCUGAGGAUUUGCCAGAAUUACCUCUUAUACGAGAGAUAGACUUCGGUAUUAAUUUGGCUCCUGAUACAUUGCCAAUAUCCAUACCCCCAUACCGUAUGGCACCAGCAAAACUAAAGGAACUAAAACAACAGUUUCAAGACUUACUCGAUAAGAGUUUUAUCCGACCAAGUAUAUCUCCAUGGGGCGCACCAGUAUUGUUCGUAAAGAAGAAAGAUGGGUCUCUAAGAAUGUGCAUCGACUACAGACAGUUGAACAAGGUAACGAUACACAAUAAGUAUCAUUUACCUCGUAUAGAAGACCUAUUUGAUCAAUUACAGGGGGCUGUCCACUUUUCAAAGAUGUAUCUUCGGUCUGGUUAUCAUCAACUCAGAAUCAGGGAGGAAGAUGUUUCCAAGACAGCAUUUAGAACUCGAUAUGGACACUAUGAGUUCCUUGUGAUGCCUUUUGGAUUAACCAAUGCGCCGGCUGUAUUCAUUGAUUUAAUGAAUAGAGUGUUCCGGCCGUUUCUAGACAGGUUUGUGAUAGUUUUUAUUGAUGAUAUCUUGGUAUACUCUCGUAGCCAGGAAGAACAUGAGAGUCAUUUAAAGACAGUGUUACAGACUUUGCGAGAACAUAAGCUUUAUGCUAAGUUCUCAAAGUGUGAAUUUUGGCUAGACUCAGUAGUAUUUUUGGGGCAUGUGGUGUCCAAAGAUGAGAUCAAGGUGGAUUCCAAAAAGACAGAAGCUGUGCAAAAAUGGCCCAGACCUACUUCGCCUACAGAAAUUCGAAGCUUUAUGGGUUUGGCAAAUUACUACAGGCGUUUUGUGCAGGAUUUCUCCAAAAUAGCAUCUCCAUUGACUAAGUUGACACAGAAAAAUGCUAAAUUUCAGUGGACAGAAGAAUGUGAGCAAAGCAUCUAG